GGUGCUUCCCACCGUGGCACCAAAUGGUUGGGGAUGGGGGGGGACCUCUGGGGGCCUCCUGGUCUUGCCCCCUGCCCAAGCAGGUUGCCCAGGAGGCUUUUGAUGGUUUUGGUGGAAUAAACGAUGCUGUAGCCUCUUGUUGUGACAUUUCUCUUCUCCUUUCCAGUGCUGAGCCAUCCGGGAUGCUGCAGAGGAAGCAUUUGCAGCCGGCUGGAGCAGCAGCGGACGUCCACCUGCAGGUAAAAGGAAAAGGGACUGUCCUUGUGUGCCUGGUCCUCAAGGAAAAGGAAGAUGGAGCCCGCCUUUGCCAGAUGCCGUGCAGGAUGGGUGCGCGCCCUGGGACAGUGCUGGCAGCUGUGGCCCCAGAAGAUGACACCUGGAUUCAUGAGUUCCUGUGCACGGAUUGCGGCUGGGCAGGAUUACCAAAACCAUGGCUGACGGAUGCCCUCAGCUAUGGGAGCAGAGAAGAAAACAGGACGGGGCCACUCUGGAGCCCUUGCAUGAGCACUGGGGAUGGGUCUGGGGCAAACGUUGCCUCCUGUGGCUGUGUGGCAGCUCCAGAUGACUCUUGCGAGCACAGCUCCUUGCGUCCAGCUGAGGAUUGUCUUCAGCGACAGCUUAAAUCCGCAGCCAGCCCCAGCUCGGAGCUGGCUGGAAGCUCCCCAAAUCACUGCUCUAAGGGGGCCCGGCUCGCCGAGAGCCUCGAGCAGCGAGAGGAGCCUGCAGCAGCCCCAGCUCCUGGUGGCCACCACCAAAGCCUCUGAGCACGAGGAGGUGCCUGGAGCAUCUCCAUUCACCCUUGCACCCAAGACAGCCCCAGACUCGGGAGGCAUUUCCAUUCCACGCGCAAAAUUGUUUAAACACUUGGCUUUCGAAGAACAAAUUCGGAAACAGGCUAGGGCACAACGCCUCCGCAGCAGCACCCCGGAGGACCGGCCACGACGCUUUAAUUGAUGGCAUCCUGAUAGCGUGUCGCACGGCCGUGCGAGCUCCGGAACUGAGGGGAUUAGGGUGUCGCCGAAAACGUGCGGGGCCGUAAUUUGAAAAGAGGCAAAACGGGGCUUUUUUUAGAAAGGCCGUUCCAAAAAACUGGUUUUCUGCAAGGAACGUCUGGAUCGCAUGCGGCCUCGCUCUCCCCAACUCCGGGAGCAGGCUGCAGACAAACAACUUCUUGAAUUAGAUUUCAUGGGAAAUUAAAGGCAUGAAGAGACCUGUCACAAGAAUUAAAGUCUGAACCGGAGCCAGACAGCUUCAAACAGAUGUUGGUCUUCAGCAGGAGAAUAUUUCUUUGUUUUACUCGGCAUUUUCCCAUACGGAAAAGGAACAUCUGUUCCGAUGCUUUCGCCGUGCUCCUGAGCUGGGCUGGGCUGGGAUUAGCCCUGCUGGAAGAGGAGCAAGUGGCCACCGCGGCCCAGGAGAGCCCUCGUGGCUCUGCUCCUCCUGCAGACGAGGAGGAGACGAGGAGGAGAUCGGUUACACUCUGCUCUGUGCUCAGACAAGCACGCUGAAGCAGCCUCUCCUGUUAAACCUCUUCUGUUAAACCUCUCCUGGUUUAACCUCUCCUGGUUUAAUCGGGCUGCUCGGGGAAUCCGCACGUUCGUCAUGCAGCGAUGGGGCUGGGUGAAGACGUGAGAUAAAAUGUUCAAAAAAUGCAAAAGGUUUUUCAUCCUCCUGGAGGCGCUUCAAUGACAAGAAUUCUGGGGUUCAGCUAGGGCAAAAAGGCUGGCGUAUUUCGGUUAUGGCUGCUGUGGCAAAGGCAUCCGUAGUCCCCUUCCUCUUUUUGGGACAACUUUUAGGCUGCAUUUCUGCCGAUGCCUAACGCGUCCUCCGAGCUGGGAGCCGAGAUCCAGCUGAGCACAGGGGCCGGGCAGCGCUCCCGCGCUAUUUCCCCGUUAAGAGAAUUCACUUACUGAACUUGUGACAAAAACAAAACAAAACCCAAGUUUGGGGCCAAAGAUUCCUGAUUUCUUUCCCUUCGUUACCCCGAGAACACAAGGCAUCCACCGCUCCACACCUCUUCGCAGGCUGCUUUUUCAUAGGACACAUCCCAACUGCAUCGGACAACUGUGUCCCCGUGACGGUGACCCCGUCGCUGUCCCGGUUUUGGCUCCGCAUGCCACUGAGCCACCAGGCGCUGGAUGAGGGCAGCGCGUCCCUCCCGUCCCCUCGCCACCACGGUGACGUUUCUCCCUGGGCUCACUGCAGCCAUUGUGUCUUCCUGCUGGGAGCUGGUGAACGCCUCGUCGAGAGCUUGGGAGCAAACUUCUCGGAGAGCUCUGCAUUAAACAGGGGAGGCUAACGAAUUUGUGGCAUCCUUGCGGUUCCUUCUGGAGACACGUGGGACUUGUUGCUGGUCGUUGAAGGUUCAGCAGCGCUCAGCGCCGCAGGAGGGUGCGUUACGGACGAGACGGCUCCGGGGACACCGAGGGAACACAGGGAAGCGCGCGCAGCCUGGCGCGGUCAGACACCUGAAGGCUCUUCUUGGCAAAUCCGCUGGUCCAAAGGGGAAGGAGCGAGCUGACCGGGAGUGCAGCUGGGAUUUGUGCCUAUAAAUCAAACUGCGGAGACUCGGGGGCACAACUCAUGCGCCUGGAGGCCCGGUAUCAGAAGUCGUGGUUUGGGGAGGGCAGGGAAAGCUGGGGUAAAACCUCACGAAGAACGAUGCCACCUCUGCCCAAUUCCCCUUGCUGAGGGACAGAGCCGAGCUCGCCGGAUAGCAGCAAGGAACACGAGACCCAAGAACGUUUGGAACUCUUUAUUUUACCAGAAUCCCCCCAAAAAAGCCCCCAGACAUCAGUGCCUGGCAGGAGACAACCCCAGAGCACCUCUGGACAGCCGAGGCGACGCGGGGCUGGAAGGCAGCGAGUGAUGGCAGCGGCAGGACCACGGCACUGAGGGGGUGACGGCAGCGAGGGCCUCGGCUGUGGAACCGUCCCCGAUUUGGGGCAAUAUCCUCGGAAACGCGGAGUGCCUGCCUGGAGGGUGCAACGGGGGGCGCAGCGAGCACACCCCAGGGGAAAUACUGAAACGGAGAAGGGAGGCGCAGCGGGACGUGACCCGCCAGUUCCUGGGAGCCACGCGGGGCCCGGGCGCGGCCCCAAAACCGGCCGGGAGCGACCCCAAAACCGGCCGCUUUGGCCCCAAAACGCCGCUUCCGGCCGGGCUGGAGCGCGCCCUGCUGAGGCCCGCGGGGUGAUAAGCCCCGCCCACCCCGACCGAGCCCCGCCCCCGCCCCACAAAGCCACGCCCAUCGCUCUCCCCACCAACAAGCCCCGCCCACACCCCCAUAGCCCCGCCCCUGUCAUUAACCCCGCCCCUCCUCGCCAAGCCCCGCCCCGCGCGCGGCUCCUGGAGCUCCCUCUCGCCUUGCCCCCUUCUCGCGAGAUCUUCUCCCGGAAGCGGCGCCGCCUGGCCGGAAGCGGAAGCGGGCCGGGUGCGCGGAGAGGGGCUGCCAUGACGCUGUGGCUGCUGCUGCUGCUGCUGCUGCUCGGCGCCGGGACCGGGGCCGGGGGUGCGGGGCGGGGCACGGAGUUCUCCGAGGCCCGCAGCACCUCCGGGAUCGCUGAGGGAUCGCCGCCCGGUGCCCCUGAGCGGCUGGAAACCCGGCCCGGCGGGAGCCACGGCCUGCCCGGCGGGAACCGAGCGUGGGGGGAGAGCUCGGAGUCGUUGGCAGCCCACAGCAGAAAGGUAAAACGGGAUCAGGAGGCGGAUAACGGGGACCAGAGCGAUCCCCCGAGUGACGGAGGCAACAACGGGGAGCCGCAGAGCAGCAGCACCCAGCACCAGGGCAACGACAACCUCAGUGACGAAGGUCGCCGGCAGCAUGGCAGCAGCACUGGUGGGCAACCCCAGAACGAUGUCAACAGCAACAGUCUCAACGGCAAAGAUGAAAAAGAAGGCAAAAAAGAGCAAAGUGGCGUCAGCAACACCGAGACACAGAAGAAAACCCAGCAGGGUGGCGGCAGCGAUGGUCAUGGCAGCAACGGGGAAGAAAACAACACCGAGCAGGACAAGAACAAGCAGGUAGACAGCACCCAGCAGCAAGGCAGCAACGGGCAGGGAAGUAACGACCAGCAGCAAGGCAGCAACGGGCAGGGAAGUAACGACCAGCAGCAAGGCAGCAACGGGCAGGGAAGUAACGACCAGCAGCAAGGCAGCAACGGGCAGGGAAGUAACGACCAGCAGCAAGGCAGCAACGGGCAGGGAAGUAACGACCAGCAGCAAGGCAGCAACGGGCAGGGAAGUAACGACCAGCAGCAAGGCAGCAACGGGCAGGGAAGUAACGACCAGCAGCAAGGCAGCAACACGAAGCGAAACGGUGGCCAGCAGCAAGACAACGGGGGGGAGAACAGCAACCAGCAGCAAGACAGCAGCAGCCAGGGAAAUGGCGGCCAGCAGCAAGACAACAACAGGCAGAACAGUGGCGGGCAGCAAAAUGGUGACCACCAGGAAGACAGAAACAAGCAGCAAAAUGAUGCCCAGCGGCAGGACAGCAAGCAGGAAAACAAGGACCAGCAGCACGACAGCAGGCUGGAAAAGGGUGACCACCAGCAAGACAGCAACAGGCAGGAAAACAGCAAAAAUGAGCAAGGCAGCAGCAGGCAGCAAACUGGCAACCACCAGGAAGGGAGCAACAUGAAGGAAAAUGGAAGCCAGCAGCACACCGACGGGCAGGAAAGCAGCGACACCAGCAAGCAGGGCACCGGCCGGAGCAGCACCAACAAGCAAGGCAGCAGCCAGGGCGCUCAGACGGGCUCAGAGAGAGAGAAAAACCCGUCGUCGCAGUCGUCUGUACCCCUUCGUGACAAUGAAGGCUCUCCAGACAGCGGGGAGCUCCAAGAGGAAGAGGAUGGGGGUAGGAACGGCAACGGGGGCUCCUCGGUUAGUAAGGGGAGAGAGAAGAGCAUCCCCGCUGUUCCCAGGGAGCAGUCGGAGAACAGCCACUUCUUUGCCUAUCUGGUGACCACGGCCAUCGUUGUCGCUGCCCUGUACGUCGCCUACCACAACAAGCGCAAGAUCAUCGCUUUUGCUCUGGAAGGGAAAAGAUCGAAAGGUGGUCGACGGCCCAAAUCUGGCGAUUACCAGAGACUGGAUCAAAAGAUCUAGAUUCCUCCUCAGGUGUCGAAUGGAACAAGGAUGCCCGGCGCUGGAAUCCUGGGACCCCACCGACUGCCCUGCUGUAGCACUCUGAAUCGUAGCUUUGCUGUCGUCUUCGGACUUCAGAGAACAGGAAGGAGAAAUGCUUCUAGUUCUGCACCUGCACCUUGGUAACGUUAAACCUCUCGCUUCCUUAAAAUGCAUUUCUCCUGCCCCAGCUGCCUGAAGGUGAGCUGCUUUUCUGCCCGGGCGUCCAGGCUCUUGUCUGUGGCCCGCGAAAAGCCAGCUCCCGGCACCUGGCAGAACUCCUGUGUCCGAAUGAAGUGGAAUCGGCCAUCUACUGUACUGACGUCUGCUCUUGAAAAAAAGUCUGCCUGCGAAAUGAGCCAUCGGAUUGUCUCCUCUGAGUCCUAGAGCUGCCUUCGGAACCAGCACAGAGAUCUCUUCCUCUGUCCUUUCUAUUUGGAUGCUAAGGUUCGGAGCGAGGCUGAUUGCACUAGCUUGGAAAUCAUCCGCCACGGACCCUGAUUUGAUUUUCCUGCUUUCUUUCUCCCUGCGAUGAAGAAAAUGUCAGUCUGACAUCGAGGCUUCUCUGUAACGCGCUUCUUGGGAAGUGCUGGAGCUUGUCCCUGGCCCUUUUGCUGUAGCCUAAACUUCCUCUGCCUGCCUCGUGGAGGUUGCGCUCCGCGCGGGUCGUUCCCUCGCGGUCCCCGCGGCUCGGGUGCUUGCACUGACGGUGGCGUUCGGUUGGAUGCUGUGAAGGGGCCGCUCGGGCUUACAGAGCCCUGUGCCAAAGCGCUGCGGUGAAGCUGUGGCAGACUCGAGAGACCGAUUUUCCUCCCUGCCGUAGGAUGUCGCCGUGUGGUAGCGCGAGGUGUGCGGUAAUCCGGCGGCGUUUGGGAUGAGCGGAACUUGCAGUCCUUCAGUCCCCUUCCUCAGAAACGCGGCGCUGAGGCCCGUGAGCGUUCAGCGCUCUUCUCUGCGGCGCUGAGCCAGCCUCUGUGCCGAUCGUGGGGCUCGCUGUGCCCGAGUCCUUGGGUCUGUUCCCGCUGAAGAAGCGCGGCUCCGAGACCGCUGCGGGGUGAGGAAGCUGCCGGUCCUGGGACUGCACGUACGUGGGCGCAUCGCGGCGUGCUGAGCACCUCGUGGCUCACAGCACCGCCUCCGAAGCCGUCGCAGCCCACGGCGGGGCGCGCUGCCUCCACGUGGCUCCUGCGUGGAGGCAUCUCCCGAGCCGGGUGCCCUGCCCGUGGGAGGGAUCGUGGCUGCUCACGCGCCUCUGCCAGCCCCUGCUUUGAGAAGUUUUGUGUCGCUGAAUGCACACACGGCCAGCUGCUCGGCGCCGAGCUGGUUGCCUCGGUAUCGCUGUGGAGCACUUAAACCAGGGCCCGGGACGUACCGGUUGUAUUUCAGGCUGCAAAACGUGUUGAUUGCUGGGUUAGAGCUGUGACGCUGUUCUUAUUUUUGUAGUUCUACUCCAAAGAUGUUUGUUUGAGACAGGGCAUUUUGGGAGGGCGCGCAAAGUGCCUGCCAGCUUGUUAUUUUGUGCUUUUUUUUUUUUUCCUUUCCCCGAUGUGGGCAGACAAAAGAAAGGCAUGACGCAUCUGGUGUUCUUCACACGGGUAAGCUUCCACGCCCGAAGCUCUUGCCGACCGUACGUGAGUCAUCCCCUUGCCGACUGACUGCACAGGAAGAAUCCUGUCCCCGCGCGAGCCGCCGAGCUCGGGGGCCGAUUUCCCUUCCGCUGGCCGCAGGAGCGCCUCGCGGCGCGAGGCCUGCCCUCCUGCAGCCUCCCGAGGCUGCGGACAAACGGGGAUCUGCCUGCGGUCGCUAAAGAUGGUCACGUUGACAGGGGCCUGGUUUCCUUGCCUGGAGAUGAAAGCUGCAGCUCUAUUCUGUUUUUCUUGUGGCUCAUUCCUCUUGUAAGAGGGGAGAGGGGGGGCUACGUGCACAGCUUGACCUGCUUAAGAGAAAGAUCCUUUUUUUUGUUUUUCUUUUUCUUUUUUCCCUAGCUGUCAGCCAGCACAAAGGGAGAGUGGGAGAAAGUCCCUCUCGACUUUAAAUAGCUCCCAAGGUUUUCGUAGCAAACUUCUGAUGCUAAAAGUACUUGCAGAAGCUAUUUUGGUGAGCGGGAGUGUGAGGUGGGGGGAAGAGAAAGGAAAACAAGUCUGGGAACGUAACCCUGGAGGGACAUGCGCUGUCUGGGAGGGGUGGGAGCUCGCGCAACAAGGCGUCGCUGUUUCAGAGAUGCCGGCUGCGAAGUCGGGCGCGCUGUCGGGCGGCCGGUGUACGGACAGGAUGCGGGGUGGGAGGUGGGGGCUUCUGUCUAGUGCCAGCGGGGGGAAACCAUCUGCCAAGACGUGAAAUACCGCGUGCGUCUGAGCUGCUCCUUCCUGAAGUUUUAGAGUUUGUGCUGUGCUCCUGCUUUGUCCUGUUUUUUAAAAAAACAAACAUUGAAGAAUAGUUUACAAAGGCGUUUUUACAACCUGCUUGCUUUUAUAUCCCACGAGCUUUUUCAGAUGUCUUUCAGUCCUCUGUCACUCCGAGUUCUGGUGGAAAUCCCACCCCCGUUGAGAGCACUGGGCUGUUGGUAGCAAGCUGAAGCUUCUGAUAGCAGGGCCGCUGUACCUCAGGCGUCUCAGGCGGUGUUCCGCUGUCAGGUUGUGCCGAGCAGAGCAGCACGAGCUUUUUACCAGGUUGCCGAGAUCAAACCUCACGUCUCUGCCGGAGCCGUCGCCUUGCUUGGUGGCUCUGGCAAAGCAGGAAGGCGCCGAGAGGCCGAGCCAGCACCGAGGGCAGGAGCCUCGGCCGGCAGAGCUCGUGUGGCAGCGGGGGACUCGCAGCUCAGCCUCCUCCUGCCCAGCAGCUCCCAGGUGCCCUCGGUUCCUGGCAGCAGCCUCCGUAACCCAACGGCGUGAAACCUCUGGGGAUGACUUCUGUUGAUUUCUGUUUUGUUUCGUUUUUUUUAAAUGGGAUUUGAAUUUAUGCAAUGUGUUUCGAACUGGUCAAGGUGCGUGAAACCUUUUCCCUUUGGACACGAGAUGUUUUCGAAUGGAUGGUAUCUGUCGGUACGUAAUUUUUUGCCAAACGUUCCUGUUAGGCCAGCUGCCUUGCCAGUUUGAAUCAGCAAAUGGUUUGUUUUCUGCUGCAGUGCAACGCACCUUGCUUUGAAGGAUCAGAAUUUUUAUAUUUCUUUGUACUUUUUUCUGUGUGGUAAAGUCAAUAAAUGAUUUAAAAAAUA